CUCUGGGUCCUGUCCAGCGCGAUCGCGGGGUCUUAGACAGCUCAACUCGCCGAGAUGGCCUGGGCACCUCUGCGCUGAAACGGCAAAUUCUGAUCAAGCCGCAUUUAUUCUGCCUUCAGGAACUCUAAGUCUAGCAGAGAAGAUGAGGCGGUAGAAGUUCAUCAGUCAGUGCCCGAAAAGAGGUCCUAAUGGGAAUUCAAAGAAGGGAGUUAAUCAAGGAAAUAUAUUUUUUUGUUGAUGUUUGAGAUGGCGUCCACCUGUAAUCCUAGCUACUUGGGAGGCUGAGCUAAGAGGAUCACUUGAACUUAGGAGGCAGAGGUUGUAGCGAGCCGAGAUCAUACCACUGCACUCCAGCCUGGGCGAGAGAGUGAGACUGUGUCUCAAACAACAACAACAACAACAACAACAAGGAAAUUAGCCAGGCAUGGUGGCCUGCACCUGCUGUCCCGCCUACUUGGGAGGCUGAGGUGGGAGGAUUGCUUGGGCCUGGGAGAUUGAGGCUGCAGUGAUCCGUGAACGUGCCACUGUAUUCCAGCCUGGGCGACAGAGCGAGAACAUGUCUCAAAGAAAAAAAGAAAAACAGAAAGAAAUCCUACCUUACAUAUACAGCCAAACAGUUAUAACCACUCUGUAUUUAGCCAUUACAAACAUGGCUUGGCUGGAGGACAAGCAAAUUGAGGACAUUGGCAACGGAGUGAUCAAAAUGAUAGAUCAUGAGGCCUAAAACGAAUAAGGAAAGAAGAGAAGUGGGAGAAGCUGAGAACAGAGAGGGUGGAGGGGCUGUAAAUCUUGAAGAUUAGGGUGUAAUAUGAGUAUAUGAGUAAGAAUUGGAAGAAUUGUAUAGGAGGCAGAAGUCAAAAAGUAGAAGCAGUUUGGAAGAGUAGUUACAAAUAUCAAGAGCCAUGUGGCUAAAAGAUGGAGCUAUAGGUCAUGGAAGCUCAAGAAACUAAGUCUCCAGGGCAUUGGUUAAGUCAUCUGUCUAGACUUCAAAGUUGUCUAGGAUGGUAAUUCAGAAGACUGUGAUCUGUGCCAAAGUCACAGGUUUUUCACAACUGAAAAUAACAUAGCAAAAUAAGCCAAGAUGUCUGUGGAUCCAAUGACCUACGAGGCCCAGUUCUUUGGCUUCACGCCACAAACAUGCAUGCUUCGGAUCUACAUUGCAUUUCAAGACUACCUAUUUGAAGUGAUGCAGGCUGUUGAACAGGUUAUUCUGAAGAAGCUGGAUGGCAUCCCAGACUGUGACAUUAGCCCAGUGCAGAUUCGCAAAUGCACAGAGAAGUUUCUUUGCUUCAUGAAAGGACAUUUUGAUAACCUUUUUAGCAAAAUGGAGCAACUGUUUUUGCAGCUGAUUUUACGUAUUCCCUCAAACAUCUUGCUUCCUGAAGAUAAAUGUAAGGAGACACCUUACAGUGAGGAAGAUUUUCAGCAUCUCCAGAAAGAAAUUGAACAGUUACAGGAGAAGUACAAGACUGAAUUAUGUACUAAGCAGGCCCUUCUUGCAGAAUUAGAAGAGCAAAAAAUUGUUCAGGCCAAACUCAAACAGACAUUGACUUUCUUUGAUGAGCUUCAAAAUGUUGGCAGAGAUCAUGGGACUAGUGAUUUUAGGGAGAGUUUGGUGUCCCUGGUUCAGAACUCCAGAAAACUACAGAACAUUAGAGACAAUGUGGAAAAGGAAUCGAAACGACUGAAAAUAUCUUAAUUGCUCAGUAGUCAAAAGGAGGAGCCUGUCAAAAAGUAGAAUCAUGAAGAACUUAUACGAGUGACUGUUCAAACCAACCAUACUUUUUAUUAGAUUUGCCUUGUCAACUCUUGUAUUCUGUGUCUUCCUCUUUUUUGGUCCACUUUCCUGAGGUAUGAAGUGUACUACUUUGAACUAGGCUGAAGCAUCUGUUCCUUAGAGUCUUCUAAUAAGUGGGAAGGGAUCAAACAAAGAAGCCAUGGCCAGUUAAAGAUAUUUGCAGAGUUAUACCUUGGUCAUAAGUCCUUUGUGACCUUGAUUAUUUUGGCUUACUCUUUGGAUGAGACCAGACAAGAAAAGGGUUAAACAGGUGGCUCCUUUGGUAUUGUUUUUGAGACAAGGUCCCCUUUUGUCACCCAGGUUAGAGUAGAGUUCAGUGGCACAAUCUUGGCUCACUGCAACCUCUGUGUCCCGGACUCAAGUGAUCCUCCUGCCUCAGCCUCCCAAGUAGCUAGGACCCCAGGUGGGUGUCACCAUGCUUGGCUAAUUUUUUUUUGCAGAAACGAGGCCUCACUAUAUUGCCCAGGCUAAGUGGCUUUUUUAUUAACUAGUCAUUACACUGCAGGACAGCCAGCAUAGAGUACUUGCUCUCGCCCUGUAAAUUUUCUUACGUGAGGGAGUCAGUAUGUAGUGGAAAGAAGCGUGUAGCAAAAAAGACAACCUUGAUCUUUAAUAAAAAAGAAGUUGGUUUAUUUCCAAAAUAAAUCCCCUGACAAAAAACCUGGUGAUGUUAAGCAAUUGACUGCCUUAGAGUCCAGCAGGAGAAGACCUUAGACAAAAAAAGCAGAACUCACUGGAAUAGAAAAGGAAGCAUGUAGCAUAUACUCAGUAAUGAAAUUUAAUUUUACUGACUGUUGGGUAUCUAUGCCAAUUUCUUUUCAUACUUCAGUUGGUUUUGGAAUCUGCCUUAUUCCUAAUAUUUAAUUAUUUAUUCACACUCAUAAGCAUCAAAUAUUUAAUGCCCUCAGUGGGAAAUUUGUGUUUAAACUCAAUGGAAUCUAAUACUUCUUUAUGUCAUUAGCCCCUGUAAAAUGUUAGGUCACCCAAGGAAAGGGGAGAAAUAGCAAUGGUUGUUCCUAAGGUAUUGCUUGCCCUUCAUGUCUUCCUAAAGAGCAGAACUUGGAGUUUCUCCUUUAUGUAGAGAAGAAGUAACUUAGGGUGUAUUUGCAAUGAAAUAUUCAUAGAUAUUGAAAGCUUGUGUUUACAUGAAAUAUGUUAUUAUCAAGAAGUCCUUUUUCCAAUUCUGUACAUUAAAUAUAUGUGUUUUAAA